UUAAAUAAACCCGUAGCCCUUUCUUCCCUCUCGUCCUCCUCUCUUCAUCAUCCUACUUACAGCGGCUCACUUACAGAGAUCAGAAAUUGAGUUGUGAAAGGUUUCCAACGAUGGUUCUGUAGCUGUUCUCCUACAUCGACGAAAGUGUCUCAGUUGUGUGCACGAGCUGCACCAAUUUGCACAUUGCGAUCUUUUGUGCUCGACUUUCUCCUCCCAGCACUCUUGUGUGAAAACAGCGAGUGUCCAGCUGGUCACCAGCCUAGGAAAAGCGGUUACAGGAAAACAAGAAGAAAGGGGGUGGCGAACAUAGCAGUUUGUUGGGAAACGUCAAGAACACGUACUUCGUUUGGAAAAGUUGAAAGCGUAGUCCACAAUGUCUCUGUCUGUGCCGCAGAAUGGAAUCAAGGCGGAUAACGAGCCCGUUAUCGAGCUCUUUGUGAAGGCAGGAAGUGAUGGUGAGAGCAUCGGAAACUGCCCGUUCUCUCAGAGGCUGUUCAUGAUCCUGUGGCUGAAGGGAGUGGUCUUCAAUGUCACCACAGUGGACCUAAAGAGGAAGCCUGCGGACCUCCAGAACCUGGCCCCAGGAACACACCCUCCCUUCAUCACCUUCAAUGGGGAGGUCAAGACCGAUGUCAACAAGAUUGAGGAGUUCCUGGAGGAUGUCCUCAGCCCCCCCAAGUUCACAAAGCUCAGUGCCAGACACCCUGAGUCCAACACGGCUGGUAUGGAUAUCUUUGCCAAGUUCUCCGCUUUCAUCAAAAACUCUAAGCCAGAUGCCAACGAAGGUCUGGAGCGCGGCCUGCUGAAGACCCUGCAGAAGCUGAACGAUUACCUGCAUUCUCCGCUGCCUGACGAGAUCGACCACAACAGCAUCGAGGACAUCAAGGUUUCCACGCGCAAGUUUCUGGACGGCGACGACAUGACACUAGCUGACUGCAACCUUCUGCCCAAGCUGCACAUCGUCAAGGUGGUGGCCAAGAAGUACAGAGGCUUUGACAUCCCCAGAGACAUGACGGGCAUCUGGCAGUACCUGCAGAAUGCCUACACCCGCGAGGAGUUCACCAACACCUGCCCCAGCGACAAAGAAAUUGAAAUCGCCUACCAAGAUGUGGCCAAGAGGCUGGUCAAAUAGGCCUGGCCUGUUUCCAACCCCCCCUCCCCCCACCCACCCCGCCGCACCCCCAACCCCCCCAGCACUGGGACAGGUCCGUUCAGACACGAAAGAGAAAACGAUGGACUACCUUUCCUUCUCUCCUCAUUUAAAGCAAUCUGAAUGCAUGCCCUUUGUUCCUGUUUUCCCUUUUUAUUUUUGGAAGAUCUUUUUGAGUACAUGAAGCAGCUCAGAAAGAUCACUGAAGGUCCAUUGUUUUGUCGCUUUGAUUUCAUGACGAUGAAGCAUCCGACUGGCGAGACAGUGAAGGAUCUGCCAGAGUGGACACAGGCGGAUGUGUGUAGGAGUUUAUCAGUGUUGGUGGGUGAAUGACAUACAGUCCUUAUAAAGUGGCCUUCUGGCUGACCCACUAUUUCUUAUGGGAAUACGGUCACAAGCAUUUGUUUUCUAUUGUCUGUUAAACUGUUCAACAUUGACAUGCUUUUUACGCUUGCUAUGAAUGUGAACAUUACAAGGCUGAUUUAGUUUUUUUUGCUAAAUGGAUUGGUUUAAACAGUGUUGGAAGCUUCAGGUUUGGCUCCAGAGGAAAUUAAGGCAUGUUUCAUUUGCAAUUAGUUGCUAUGCCAAGUUUGACAUUGCAAUGUGUUUUAUUUAACUGUUGCGUUGCUUAAGUGAGUUGAAAUAGCCUUUAUACAGGUAUGGCUACCAGUCACCUUAUCUAUGCUCAAAUACAGUUUUCUCCAUGACCUUGUAUUUACACACAUGUAAAAUUGGUGCAACCAUCCCUGACAAUAUGCUAGCUGAGCUCAGUCUAGGCUUUCAGACAUGUACCAGGUGCUUAAAUUAGAUGUUUUCAGCUCAGGACCAUGGAACCUGAGAUUCCAGAAAUAUUACACCAUAUGUAGCAAACUAAACAACCAUUAACACUUACAUGGGGAAACGAGCUGUCCGUCAUUGCGUUGCCCAGCAUAACUGGUACAUAUAAACACUGACCGUCAAGGCAGUAAAGCUCAAUCAUAUCAGAACUUUUUAUCAUGUUCCCCCCUCCACUGUAAAGCAUGAAAAGGGAACGAUUUAGCGUUUGUUGUGCUGGCAGCGGUAUUAACUCUACUUCAACCACCAAAAGGGCACAUUAUUCUAGUCUCACUGUGGAUUCAAUGACUCCUGUUAUGUAAACUAGUGAAGUAUGGAAGCCACACACUUUCCUUGUCUGUCUUUCUCUCUUGACGUAUGGAAGAACACUAUAUGCAGUCAAGAAUCAGAAAAGGUGACCCUACAGAUAUUUAUGAGCAAAAGGCAUCGGGGAGAGAAGAAGGACAAAUGUAAUGAAGGACUCACUGAUUUUCUUAUUUCGAAUGCUCUCAAAGGUAGUGAAUAUAUUCUAUAAUUGUUCCAAAAUGCUUUGUGGUUAAAGGAAACAAAGACAUCAUUAUAAUACAAAGUUGGUAAUGGAAUUGUAAAUAUUUGUUUUCAUUAUGAUUUCAGUGUGUAAAUUGUAUGUGUUAAUUGGUAUCAAUAAGUGGUGAAAUAGGCCUUUUUUACAUGCUUGGGUUUUAAUACAAAAAGACAUCUCUGGCCUUAUUUGUUUUCUCUUGCUCAGAUGGGUUUCAAAUAUCACUGAAAUGACUAUGUGGAUGUCAAUGGAAACAAAAGAACCAGGCUGACGCAGCUUUUUUUAACACUUGACAUUAUUGAAAUAAACCUCUUAUUGGCACUCUU